UGGCGAAAAUCUCCAAUAGUCCAAUCCGCCCAAAUCCACACAAUCCACACUAGCGCUUUGCAGUACUUUGCAGCAUUUUAAAGCAUCGGUUUUUAUUGAAGUUUCUAAAAAUAUUUAAAGUUUUCUUAUCAGCUUUAUGUGCUUUUAAACCAAGCUCGUGACUUAAAGAAUAUUACAAAUAAAACAAUAUGCCUGAGUACAAAGUUGCUGAUAUUUCCUUGUCCGAGUGGGGUCGAAAGGAGAUAACACUCGCAGAAAAUGAAAUGCCUGGACUUAUGUCUCUUAGAAAAAAAUAUGGUCCUUUGAAAAUUUUAAAAGGAGCCAGAAUUGCCGGUUGUCUUCAUAUGACUGUUCAAACAGCCGUUUUAAUAGAAACUUUGACUGAACUUGGUGCUGAGGUAAGAUGGUCAUCUUGCAACAUCUUCAGUACGCAAGAUCAUGCAGCCGCGGCGAUGGCAAAAUCUGGAGUGCCAGUGUUUGCUUGGAAAGGAGAAACUGAAGAAGAAUACUUAUGGUGCAUUGAGCAAACCCUCGUUUUCAAAGACGGCAAACCUUUGAACCUUAUCCUCGAUGAUGGAGGUGAUUUGACGAAUCUCGUUCACGAAAAGUUCCCCGAGUACUUAAAAGAAUGCAAGGGUGUGUCUGAGGAAACAACAACUGGUGUUCAUAAUCUUUACAAAAUGUUUAAGGAGGGAAAACUUAAAAUUCCUGCUAUAAACGUGAACGACUCGGUUACGAAGAGCAAAUUCGACAACUUGUACGGCUGCCGAGAAUCGUUGAUCGAUGGAAUUAAGCGAGCGACUGAUAUCAUGAUCGCUGGAAAAGUUUGUGUUGUGGCUGGCUAUGGAGAUGUUGGAAAAGGAUGCGCUCAAAGUUUGAGAGCUCUAGGAGGUCGAGUGAUAGUCACUGAAAUCGAUCCUAUUAAUGCGCUGCAAGCUGCGAUGGAAGGUUACGAGGUGACUACAAUGGAAGAGGCUUGUGUCAGAGGACAAAUAUACGUGACGACAACUGGUUGCAUGGAUAUCAUCACAGAAGAUCACUUCGUAAAUAUGCCGGAUGAUGCUAUUGUCUGCAACAUCGGCCACUUUGACUGUGAAAUCAAUGUAAAGUGGCUCGAUAAAAAUGCAACAGAAAAGCUCAAUAUCAAGCCUCAAGUCGAUCGUUACACCCUUCCUAAUGGAAAACACAUUCUUCUUCUCGCCGAAGGACGUCUAGUAAAUCUCGGAUGUGCCACCGGCCAUUCCAGUUUUGUUAUGAGUAAUUCUUUUACAAAUCAAGUCCUGGCACAAAUUGAAUUGUGGACCAAGUCUGAUACUUAUCCAAUUGGUGUUCACAUGCUGCCAAAAAAGCUGGACGAAGAGGUAGCUGCUUUACAUCUGGAAAAAUUGGGAGUAAAGCUCACCAAGCUCACUCCAGCUCAGGCGGAGUACUUGCAUAUCCCAGUGGAAGGACCCUACAAACCUGAUUAUUAUAGAUAUUAGAUUAGUGUUUAGUAACUUUUUGUGUCACCAAAUAAAGUCUGAUACUUCGCUUUACAAUUAUAAAAA